AUGGCGGGCAAGAACGUUGUCGUGACCGGUGCCACCGGUCUUCUCGGACGACAGGUAGCUAGAGCUUUCGAACUCCGGAGUUGGAACGUCAAGGGUACCGGAUUCUCCCGCGCCGAUGGAGUUUCCGUCUUCAAAGUCGACCUGGGAAACACUUCGGAGGUUGAGAAGUUUCUCGACGAGUCCAAGCCCCAAGUAGUCGUACACUGCGCCGCCCAGAGGUUCCCCGACAAGGUGGACAGCGACCCGGAUGCUGCCAGGGCGCUGAACGUCGCAGCCACGAAGUCGCUCGCCAACCUCUGUGCCGCUCGUUCCACCCUGCUUAUCUAUAUAUCGACGGACUACGUCUUCUCUGGUAAGCCCGGAGAGGCACCCUACGAGGCAGACGCACCGACUGGGCCGACCAAUCUCUACGGCCAAACCAAGCUGGACGGCGAACUCGCCGUCUUGGAGGAGUACAAGGCGGCCGGCCUCGAAGGUCUUGGCCUCGUCCUUCGAGUUCCUGUUCUCUACGGGAAAGCCCACACACCGGCUGAGAGUGCCACCAACAUCCUCAUGGACACGUUAUGGAAGACCCAGGAUGGUCAGUCCAAGGUGAAGAUGGACCAUUGGGCUAUUCGAUAUCCCACGAACACAGAAGAUGUCGGCCGUGUGUGUCACGAUAUCGCCGGCAAAUACCUCGAGGCCAGCGACCGCAGCUCGAUGCCCAAGGUCCUUCAGUUCUCCAGUGAGGAUAAGAUGACCAAGUACGAGAUUUGCCAGACGUUCGCAGACAUUAUGGGUCUCCCCAUGGACGGAAUCAUUGCCAACACCGAAGGCAACGACCCGAACGCGAGCGUCCAGCGGCCAUAUGACUGCCAUCUCAGCACACGUGCGCUCAAGGACCUGGGCAUCGACGUGUCGACAAACGACUUCAUCGGAUGGUGGAGACGCGAAGUACACGCCUUCCGACACUGA